AUGUCCGGAGAAAAGAUCUACGAAGGCGUCUUCGCCGUGCACAAACCGCAAGGCAUCACCUCAGCCGACGUCAUCCGCAACCUGCAGCACCACUUCAACCCGUCGAAGCUCUUCCAGCCGUGGCUGGAGACGGAGCGGGCGCGGCGCAAACGCGAGAGUAAGUUCCAGCGCAACCGGCGGCGCACGCAACGGCUGGACGUGAAGAUCGGCCACGGCGGCACCCUCGAUCCGCUUGCGACCGGCGUGCUCGUCACUGGCGUCGGCAAGGGCACCAAGCAGCUGAACGACUUCCUGGGCUGCACCAAGUCGUACGAGACGGUCGUGCUGUUCGGCGCCGAGACCGACACCUAUGACUGUCUGGGCAAGAUCGUGCGCCGCGCGCCCUACGAGCACGUCACCCGCGCCGCUGUCGAGGCCGCCCUCGACCGCUUCCGCGGCAAGAUCAUGCAGCGGCCCCCGAUCUUCUCCGCCCUCAAGGUUAACGGGAAAAAGCUCUACGAGUAUGCCCGUGAGGGGAAACUGCCCCCUGUCGAGAUCCAGGAACGUCCAGUCGAGGUCUCCGAUCUGCGCAUCGUCGAGUGGUAUGAGCCUGGUUCGCAUGACUAUCGCUGGCCUGAGGAGGAGGCUCCCGCAGAGGAGAAGGCUGUCGCUGAGAAGCUACUCGAAAAGGACGAUGCGCUGCCCGUCGCGGCGUCUGCACCAGAGGAGGGUGUAACGGCGGAUGCGCCGGCUGCCGCGUCGAAACGGAAGACGCCCCCGCCGGAAGGCAGUCCCAAGGACGGGGAGCAGACACCGGCCGAAGAUGAUUCGGCGCCGACAGCGAAGAAGCAGAAGGUGUCCGCGGAGGGCGAGGCCGCGCCGGUGGAACCCGAGCAACCGUCUAGUAAAGAGGAAGAGACCGAGAAGCCGGAGACGCCGGAAGCGAAGACUGACGCACCCAAGGCGCAGCCACCGGCUGUGAAGAUUGUCAUGACCGUCUCGUCUGGGUUCUACGUUCGCUCGUUGGCGCAUGACCUCGGCAAGGCCGUUGGCAGCUGUGGUCUCAUGAGUUCUUUGAUUCGCACGCGUCAGGCGCACUUCGACCUCGACCCUGAGAAGGUUCUCGAGUAUAAGGACCUCGAGGCGGGUGAAGAGGUCUGGGGCCCCAAGGUCCAGCGCUUUCUGGAGGAAUGGGAGAAGAAGCGGGAGGCCGAGGAGAAGGACUCGGCUCGAGCGUCGCCUUGA